AUAAAUACAAUAUAGCUUACCUCCUGUAUGUUUUAGAGCCGGUGUGCACCCAUCAUCGCAAGAGCUCAAUUGCAAAGCCCCAACAAGUCGCAAACACCUCUUAAAAUCAUCAUCGUUUUGUUGCAUGGGAGCCUGAGCUUGGCGCAGCGGUCGUGGCGUUGUCGCAAGGAUGUCGCGGGUCACCGAGGCGAUUAAACACCUCAAGGACUUGCAACACAUCAAACUUGAAGGCCUUAGAUUCCGGAUCAUUGAUGCCAAGGGUCAGGUGGUCGGCCGCCUAGCGGAGCAAAUCUCCGUCAUUCUUCAGGGCAAGGACAAGCCCACCUACAACCCCACCAAGGAGCAGGGCGAUGUGGUGAUCGUGGUCAACGCAAGUCACGUGGAGCUGACCCACGACAAAUGGAACACCAAGCUGUACCGCUGGCACACAGGCUACCCCGGCGGCCUGCGCUCCCGGCCCGCGGGUGACCAGUGGGAGAAGGACCCGCGCAUGCUGCUGCGCAACGCCGUCAGCGGCAUGCUCCCAAAGAACAAGAGCAGAGAGGCUCGGAUGGAGAAACUCAAGAUCUUUCCCGAGGCCGACCACCCAUUCCAGGGCUUCCCGCUGGUGCCGUACGUGCCGCCGCCGCGCCGGCUGCAGGACCGCGGGCUGGGCUGGCCGCUGCCGCAGGGCUUCGAGCCAGCCAACCUGGAGCGCUAUGCCUUUCGGCUGCGCACCAGCCCGGCUCUGCAGGCUGCAGCCGCGCCUACAGUACCGGCGUCGUCAGCACUGGCAGCCGCGCCGCAGCCCUCCGCACCGGUCACAGGUCCAGGACCAGCGGCGUCGGCGCCUGCAGCAGCAGCAGCAGCAGCUGGCACCGCUGGGGCCAGCGGGAGCGGGAGUGGGCGGCAGCAGCGACAGCGGCCCACGGUGCCGAUUGACGACUUGCUCACUGAGGAGGAGCGGGCAGCGCUGGCGGCGGUGGAGGGGGGCAAGGGCAAGAGCGGCGCGUCGUCGUCGUGAGAGUGGAGGCAGCGUGGCGCUGCGGCGUGUGGCAGUAGCGGCGGCAUGCGGGCGGGUUGAGGCCUAGCGAGGAUCGCUGGUGAUGGCGGGUGUGCUGGUUGGAUUGCUCGUGGGUUUGCUGGCGGGAUGCCGGAAGAGCUGUGGGUUUAGACACGGACUGCGGCUGCGGGUAACGGGCUGGGACUGUGAGGCGGCCACGGAUGCCCGGUACCAGUCGCUCGGGUGCUGGUGUUGCUCGGUGGGCGGUGGUUGCGAGCCAGCUGAGCGGACUUGGGAGAACGGGGCAGCCGCGGCGGUUAGCCAUUGGCAAUUAGGCGGCCAGGCAGCUGCGUCGGGUUGGUAUUGCGUGCUGUAGGUAAGGGCGGUGCCCGCCUUGGGGGGUGGCGCAACGAGGGCCGCGCGCAGUUAGGCAUGGCCACCUGCAACCCAGGAACGCAAGUUUGCGGUUGUAUCAUCAGGAGCGGCCAAGGGAUCAAAUGGCACAUCGCGUGCCAGCGUGUGCAGUUGUGCGAUCUGAGCGAUACGUGGGUGUUGGUGGCUUGGUGGCCCGGGGGAUGGCGCCUGUGAAGGCUGGCGUGUCGGGAGCGCAAGGCACGCCAGGGAGCGGCAGUUCGUAUACCGGUCUGCGUGGUGCGAUGGGGUACGUACUGGGAGUGGGAGAGGCGCGUGUGCAGAUAUCAGACGACGAAAGCUUCCUUGAUUGAAGCUUGGUAGGUAGGAGUGCGGUGCAGGCGUCCUGCAAUGAGGGCGGUGCCGUCGACCGGCCAGCGGGAUUGGCGUCACGGGAAACCGUGGCGAAGUGUGCCUGAUGUGCCCUGAGCUCGGCAUUCGCCUGCACUUCCAAACCUGCGGACCCGUCUUUUCUUGACUCUACAAAU